AUGCCAACUCCACCUGACCUCACCUCAUCACCUUAUUAUGCCAACAAGAACUACACGUAUAAUAACGCUCCCACAAGGCGACCUUUGUCGCGACAUGCAAAUAUUUGUGUCAUAGGACAUUACCGCCUUAUUUGCUUAUUAAAAUUUAUGUUUCCAUCAUCCUGUACUUUUCUAUUGUUAGUUUCACUGCUACCACUGGUAAAUACAGUGCUGAAUGACACAAGCUAUCCUGAUUUCAUUCUCAGACCAACCUUUAAUUCUCGUUACUUAUUUCACGCAUUCGUAGUUAUGAGUCUUACUACUAAAAUCCCAGUGAUUAGACUGCUGAUAAUUUCAUCAUGGGAUUGUACUUCGGUCGUGAUGAUGCUGUAUCAUUUUGUGGUUGAAACAUCCAAUCUUGCUUUAUCUGGUCUUACUAGAUCUAGAAGCGACCUCGCAAUGCCAAAAAUGAAAUAG